AUGCGUGACUUCAAAAUACAUGUUUGUGAUUAUUGGAGAAACUUGACUCCUCGGAGCAUAAUAUUUAGGCAUGGCGAAGGUUGUGAUAAGGCUGUCAUCAAUUGUGAUUAUUCUUUUCAAGGACUAAUUGUUGUUACUUGUUCAAAGGAAUCCCCAAGUUUUAAUUUGUAUGUUGAGGAGGCUUUUAAUGGUGGUGCUUGUACCUCUUCGUCUGGUCUUUCUACGCAGUCGCUCAGUGACGAUGAAUGUAGUGGGUUUACUGAGAAUUCAAAGAUCAAAUACUUGACGGAAGGUCAUGAGGAAUUAAAACCUCUUUUAUCUGCAAGGUGGGAAGAUAUUUUUAAAGGUGUUGGUCAAGUUUUUCAUGGUGGUGUUGACGAGGUUCGGUUAGAUGUCAGCAAAUAUUGCAUGAAAUCUGGUUACAUAGUUGCAAAGAUUAAAAAUGAUAGACAUAGGUUCACAGUAAAUUGUGGUAGGGAUGCAGAAAAGUGUCCUUGGUAUCUGCACUGUAUUCCAUUUGAUACCCAAAAAAAUGUCUUUGCUAUCAAGGAAUUUAACAGAGAGCAUAAAUGUGGUGGUGCUUACAAUCUGAAGGAACCACUUGUGAAGAAGAAAUUGAUAAAGCAUCUGUUCAAGGAUCAAAUACAGUCUAACCCGUCUUUAAAGCCUAAUGAUAUGGUUGCUCAGGUAAAGAGUUGUUAUGGUAUUAACAUAAAAUACCACCAUGCAUAUCAAGGGAAGGAAGCAUCUAAGGCAGAAAUAGAUGGCGAUGAUGUAAAAAGUUAUACAGAUCUUGUUUGGUAUGUUGAAGCAAUAAGGGAUACCAAUCCUAGCAUCUAUAUUAAGUUUGAAUAUGAUAACGAGACUCAACGUUUUCAGAGGCUUUUCAUAUGUUUUGCUUCCUGUAUGGAAGGAUACCGGUUCAUUCGUCAUAUGCUUUACUGUGAUGCAACAUUUCUCACUGGGAGAUUCAAGGGAACAUUGAUGGCUACCACUGGUGUGAAUGGGAACCAAGGUUUCUUCCGUUUUUUGUUUGCUUUACUUCCUUCUGAAGACAUCGAUGGUUGGGAUUGGUUUAUGGAAAACUUGCAGCAUUGUGUUGACCCUCUUCCUAUCACCUUUAUCACUGAUCGUCAUGAAGGGCUGAAGCAAAGUAUUCCCAAGUAUUUUCCCAACUCUUUUCAUAGUUAUUGUUUCUAUCAUUUGAAGAAUAACCUCCCCAUCAAGAAAUCACAUGAGAAGUAUAAACAAGUUAUUGAUUUGUUCCAUAAAGCUGCAUACUGCUACAUCGUUGCCAAAUAUGAGUCUGCUUUGAAUGAAAUGUCCACCAUAAGAUGUGACUGGGUUGCCAAGGAUCUGCCUCCAUCAGCUCUUGUUGAUGAACUCAGGAUAAAGAUUAUGAGGAUGAGUUCAAAAAGGCGUGAGCUUGGUAGAACUUAUCAAGAUAGUUUGACUCCCAUCUACAAAGAUUUAAUGAAGUCAGAUUUUGAUGUAGGUCGUCCAUGGAAUGUUACUGAGUCAGGUAAUGGUAUAUAUGAGGUUCACUCUCCCAGCUCUCAUGUUGUUGAUCUGAUGCAGAUCACGUGCACUUGCCAGAGAUGGAAGGUGUUCGGUUUCCCCUGUGCUCACGCCACGGCUUCUAUUACUAUGAGUGGUAUUGAUAUUUUGAUGUUUAUUCAGCCUUACUUUGGUUCGAACCAUUUCCGCAACACUUAUGCUCCUUCAAUUCGUCCAAUUCCCAACUACGACAGGCCAGAGGCGUAUGAACCUGAAGAGAGAGUCCUUCCUGGUAUUCCAAGGAUACCUCCAGGUAGACCGCCAAAGAAACGUAUUCGCAGUGCCUAUGAGAAGGAAAUGAGGCCUAUGAAGUGCUCCAAUUGCAAGAAGAUUGGUAACCACAACAAAGCUACCUGUCGUGUAUUAAUGCUGGAGUAG